AUGGCGAAGUCGGCUUUGCUUUCCCUUCUCUAUAGUUUGUUGCUUGCAGCUGCUGUCCUAAACUGCCACUGCCAUGAAAGGAAGGUACAUGUUGUGUACAUGGGGGACAGACCUCAAGGGGAUGUGCCCAUUACAUCCAUGCACCAUGCCAUGUUGGAAAAUACAAUUGGAAGUUCUCCAUCAGCCAAACAGUCACUUAUCUACAGUUACCAGAGGAGUUUUAAUGGAUUUGCCGCCAAGCUUACAGAUGAAGAAGCUGCAAAGCUUUCAGAAAUGGAAGGAGUAAUUUCAGUGAUGCCAAAUCGUAUUCUAAAGUUGCAUACUACGAAGUCCUGGGACUUCAUGGGUUUAAGUAAAGACAAUCUUGGAGGUCCUCACGAAGGAGACGUUAUCGUUGGACUUCUAGAUACUGGUAAAGAUAUUAAUAUCAUUGUCGUGUUUGGCCUGAAGCUGAUAGCUUCAAUGACCAAGGUUUUGGCCCUCCGCCAGCUAAAUGGAAAGGAAUUGCCAAGGCGAAAAUUUCACCUCAAGCUCAUUGGAGCAAGGUUCUACAACAGCGAGGACUAUUAUGACAUUACCGACAUCAAAUCCCCAAGAGACUCGGAAGGACACGGUACCCAUACAGCCUCGACUGCGGCCGGCCGAGAGGUCGCCGGAGCAAGCUACCUGGGGCUAGCAGAAGGUGUAGCAAGAGGCGGAGUGCCCAAUGCAAGGAUAGCAAUGUACAAAGUCUGCUGGUCUUUUGGAUGUGGACUUGCAGAUAUUCUUGCAGCAUUUGAUGAUGCAAUUGCAGAUGGUGUUGAUAUUAUAUCAGUUUCUCUAGGAUCCAACUGGCCAACCCAAUACUUUGACGACCCAAUUGCCAUUGGAUCUUUCCAUGCCAUGAAAAAGGGAAUAUUAACCUCAAAUUCCGCUGGAAACUCGGGUCCUGAACCGGUGACCGUGUCCAAUUUUGCACCAUGGACACUAACUGUUGCUGCCAGCAGUAUUAACAGAAAAUUUGUUGCUCAGGUGGUGCUUGGCAAUGGACAAGUUUUCACAGGACUCUCUAUUAAUAGCUUUGAUCUCAAUGGGACCUCUUAUCCAUUAAUCUGGGGAGGAGAUGCAGCUAACUAUACAGUUGGUGCUAAUCCAGAUAUUUCAAGAUAUUGCAUAACUGGUACUAUGAACUCAUACAAAGUGGAGGGAACUAUUGUUUUCUGUGAAACCCUAUGGGAUGGUACUGGCAUUCUUAUGGCAAAUGGUGUGGGUACUAUAAUGGCUGAUUCAUCCAUCACUGAUUUUGCCUUCAAUUACCCAUUACCAGCAACAUUGAUCAGCACAGAAGACGGUCUCAAAGUUUUCGAUUACAUAAAAACAUCAGACAACCCGAUUGCAACUAUUCUGGUUAGCGAGACAUGGGAGGAUGUCCUGGCUCCUAUCGUUGUUUCAUUUUCUUCAAGAGGACCCAACCCCAUUUCACCAGACAUUCUCAAGCCUGAUAUUACUGCCCCUGGUGUGGACAUUCUUGCUGCAUGGUCUCCUGUGGCUCCACCUUCCAUCGACUUUGAGGACACUAGGAGUGUCAAAUACAACAUAAUUUCAGGGACAUCUAUGUCUUGCCCCCAUGCUAGUGGUGCUGCUGCCUUUGUCAAGGCUUCCCACCCCAAUUGGUCUCCAGCUGCCAUUAAGUCCGCCCUCAUGACAACAGCUUAUGUUGUGGAUUCAAGGAAGCAUGAAGACCGAGAAUUUGCUUAUGGUUCUGGUCACAUUAACCCAGUUGCUGCUGUGGACCCUGGUCUCAUCUUUGAUGCCUCCGAACUCGUCACCGGAGACAACAGUGUCUGCAACAGCACAGAGCCCGGAAGAGCUUGGGAUCUCAACUACCCCUCAUUCUCCCUCUAUGUUGAAGAUGGCCAGCAAAUCGCGGGUUUGUUCACUAGGACAGUGACCAAUGUUGGGGCACCAAACUCAACUUACACAGCUACCAUGUCAAUACCAUCAACUAUAAGUGUGACCGUGGAGCCAUCAGUCCUGUCAUUCUCUGCUGUUGGAGAGACAAAAUCGUUCACAGUGAAGGUCAUGGGGCCGAAGAUUGCACAGCAGCCAAUCAUUUCAGGUCCCAUUCUGUGGAAAGAUGGAGUCCAUGUGGUGAGAACACCACUUGUGGUUUACAACUACCUCCCUGGUGCUCCUUAUGAUCUCGACUCAGCCCAAACCUACUCCAUGGCUGAGAAGAAGCCAACUUUCAAAGGAACUUCCAUAUAUCACAAGAAUGGAAUCAUUGGACACAAUUGA